GCAAUAAACAAUUCAAAAUGAAUGUUGUAGAUUCCAUCUGCGCAACAUCUAACUGACCUUGCGCCAACCGAAACUAGCAAAUAUGGCGACCAUCACGUUUGUCUACAGGAGCAACGCCGAUACUAAUUAUAGCCUACUGUUUACAUUUUUGUUCUCACAGUUUGUCAAAUCAAAAUGUGUGAAGAGAGGUGAGCGAUUGGAUCGGCCUGACCAUGAACAAUUUACAUGUAACAUCGACGGGUGGAAUGACAAUCUGUAACAUGAACAAUAAUAGUAACACCGUCACAAUUAAUACCUCUCACAUGAAUAGCCAUAUGAACUCUGGUAUGAUCAGCGAUGACAUCAGUGAACCAAGUUCUCCAGAGAGCUCCCAGUUUGACGCUUCAGAUCUGCUUAGAAAUGCUGUCACAGAUGACGUCACUGCUCAGCUGGCAGCUGCUGGUACUAUUGGAAUAGCAGCUGCUGCAGCAAUUGCUUCUAGUAAAAAACGUAAACAUCCACAUCAUUUUGAAACAAAUCCCUCAAAACGGAAACGUCAACAAACAAGGUUAUUAAGGAAGUUGAAGGCAACAAUUGACGAAUACACAACACGCGUGGGACAGCAAGCAGUAGUGUUGUGUUGUACGCCAGGCAAACUCAGUCAGUCCGUUCAGUCUUUCAAAGUAUUUGGCUCACAGCCAUUAGAAAAUGUGCUAAGAAGUAAUAGAAAUGUUGUGAUGCAAGAGCUGGAGUCUUCAUUAGCUGAGCAGGCACCGCCACCUAAUCCAGAAAAUACGGGGUUACAUGAGUUACCUCCCCUAGUUAUCGACGGGAUACCGACACCUGUUGACAAAAUGACACAAGCCCAGCUUAGAAAUUUUAUACCCGAAAUGUUGAAAUACUCAACGGGUAGGAGUAAACCAGGGUGGGGAAAGGAUGAAAGUAGACCGAUCUGGUGGCCAAGUGAUCUGCCGUGGGCCAAUGUACGAAGUGAUGUGAGAACGGAGGAUGAAAAGAAAAGAGUGUCGUGGACAGAUGCCCUGCGUAAUAUUGUGAAGAACUGUUAUAAACAUCACGGGAGAGAUGACCUCUUACAAGUGUUUAUGGAAGAGAUGCCUAGCAUGAUGCAGGUCCAGACUAGCAACAAUGCAGCAGCCUUUGGUGGCACUAUGGUCCAAACGAUCAACAAUCCUGAUGGCACGGUAUCCAUUAUACAGAUCGAAACAGGCCCUCAGUCUGUGGUCACCCUUCCAGAUGGCACACAGGCCACUGUCGUACACGCAAUCCAGCAGCAGCAGGGGCAGCAACACCUGACGCAGCAUGAGGCCACACAGGCGGUUCAGACACUGGCCGAAGUGGCAUCCAAUCAGAAUGACCUGUCUCAGGCACUGAGUGCCCACAUGACACCUGUUUCCCUAGAGAUGAACGCAGAGAGUACUCCCCAGUUGACCACGCUCCCUAUCAACCAGAACGGUCAGAUCAUACUGGCUGGGGAUGCCCAAAUUGGUGGUAUAGUGACCAUUCCUGUGUCCAUGUACCAAACGAUGACCGGAGGACUCGCGAAUCUCACAGACACACAACACACCGGCCUUAUCCAGGGGACGAUGUCACAAUUCUCCACAGAUCGCAUCAACACAAUGACAACAAAAACACACUCAAUGGUACCAGACGCCACGCAGGCAGUGGAAGUGAUGACAGUCGACCAGCAACAAGUACAGAAUCAGUCUUAACGACUUGCCAUUGUUAUUAGGGAGGGACAUCUGGAGCCACUAGCUCCACGCUAUUGUAAUGUCACUUAUACAAAGAGUCUUUAACUUAAAUUUAAUCUCAGUUGGAAACUAUCCUAUAGAAAAUUUCUCUUUAUUAAAAAGACUUAGUAAAAUUUUAAGAUCAUGCUUCGAAGUAUAUAUAGGUCUGCUUGAAAUCAUGGUUUCAUGUUGUGCCAUAACGUCAGCCUUCUGAAUCAUGCCAGGGUUCAAUCUAGCCCUAUUGUUACAGAUUAUUAUUUGUUCCCCCAGUGGAGUUGUUUUCCCCUGACUUUAAAAAUUCUCCUAAAAGCUAGUAAAUAUUCCCCAAAUGACUGGUUCAUCCCCCACCCCUUCAAAAAUGUUCUUUUAUUGUCAAUAAGAAUUAUGUUGCCAAUAACCUUUAAAACAUAAAUACUUUUGCCUAAAGAUUCACUUGCAUAAUUUUUCAACUAGAUUAAAUAAAAACUAAAUCACCUAUUAUAUAUUUACAUACUAUAAAUACAUGAAAAAACCCAUACUAAAAAUGUUCAAAGUCAGUAUGAAAAGCCAUAAGAGAUAUUCCACUGGUUUGGGUAUACCCCCAACCAUGUUGUGUUGUGCUGGACCUGCAUUGGUUUUCCCCCUAGCUUUAAAUAGUACAAAGGGUAUAUUUCCCCCCAAUUCCUACAUUGAUCCCUGCAUGAUUUAUGUGUUGAGUUUAAUGUUUUAACAUCAGAUAUCCUUCUGGUACAGCAUAUUUCACAGCAAUUUAUAAUGUUUUAGUCUUAUCUUUAAACUUUAAAUUCUAUGUAUUAGUAAAAGGCUGUUUCUGUAACAUAUAAGUGCAUUUUUCAUAUCCAGCAUAAUUAAAAACCACAGAUUUAUUUGGAAAGAUGGUAAAGAUGCAAAACAUUUUAAAAAAUCUGUUAAUUGUAAAUUCUGCUGUUUCCAUCACAUAAACAGAUUGCAUGUUAUGAAGUCACAUAUUGGAAGAUCUACAUAUCCUGGCAAAUUAAGUUUCCUCCAAGUGGUUCAAGUAGGUGUUCUUCCGUAUGUAGUAAAGGGAAGUAAGUACGAACCUUGUACAAUGAUAUUGUAUUACUUCAAUAAAUCAGAAUCAUCAAAGACAGUAUGACUUAUUCACUAAUAAAGUUAUAUAUCAAUAUAUGAAAAGUUUAUUUGUGAAUAAUAAACACAUUUGUAUAAAUCAUUAGUGUAUAAGUAUACAAAAAUGACGUAAUUCCAGACCCAAGUUCUGUAUGUGUACAAAUAUGUAUACACUGGUUUUGUAUGGCUAAGUAUAUUUUGUUCAUAUUUUAGCUCAAAUUAUCCUCUGUGUGUAGCAAAAUGAGCCUGUGAUCAAAGCUAUAAUGUAGCUUUUAUAACUCUCUAUUGUUAACUUAACAACACUUUCCUGUUGGCAUUUAUUUUAUUCCUAUUUAUAUGAAAUCAAUGGGAAAAGUGUAAGUACUUGGUAUUUCUCAUCUUAAUGAUCAUUUACCUCUGCCAGUAUCUAACUUUAAAUUGUGGAUCAUGAUGAAAAAAAUUGGCUAAUGCAAUCUAGAUUUUGAAGCCUUGUUUAGGAUUAGAAACAAAAGAUUUUUUACACUUUAUAAUGUAGCUAGCUGUCAUGAAAAAAGAGUAAGUUUAGAUGUGUAGUUGAGGAAGAAAACACUCGUAAAACACUGAAGAUGUUGUCAUGAUGUUCAAAUGUGUGCUUAAAAUGAGGCGGUUAUAUGAAUAUUUCUGUUCGAUUUAAAUUUCUAAUUUAAUAGAAUUGAAAAAGCUGUUGUUCUAUAAAUUCUUUAUACAAUUUUAUUGUAUACUAAAAAUAUGAUAGAAAGCAUAGUACCAAUAUUUAUUAUUUUUCCUGCCCAAACCUUUAAGGAAAAUUUUUGAUAUGCUUUUUUGAUAUUUAUUAAAAUAUAUCCUAUACAAAAUGUAUACAUGCUUUAAAGACUAAUCCUAAGUAUUAACUACUGCAGUAUUAUCAUAAGUUAUGCUAGCUGCAUUUAAUUAUUUUUUUUAAUUUUUGCUUUGUACAACUUUCAAAGACACAAAAAGUUUUAAAGGUGAAAGCCAUUGGCUGCAAUAGUCUAUGGACAAAACACAUAUGUCUCAUGUCUUUUAGUAAAGCAGAACUAAAAAUUCAUAAUUACAUAAACAUGUACUGGAUGAAUUUUAACUUUUUUUUGCACAGCAAUGGCCAUAUCAUUUAUAUAUAGAAGCAUCCUCUUGACCUCAUUAUGACCCCAAUCGCUCAAUACUUGGGUAAAACAAUUUUUAGUAUCUUUAGAAUUAUUGACUCAUUACAAAUACUUUUGUCAAUCUAACAAAAGAAAUCAAUAUAUCUGUGACAGUAAUUGUUGUUUGUGUAGAGAAUGACAAAGCAGAUCAUUGAAACAAUACUGAAUCUUGUCUAUUGUCAUCUUGUAUUUCAUAAUUGUUCAUACAUCUCACUUCAUUCUUCAUCCUUAACUCUCCAGCAUAAUUUUGUAUUGUUUAGCGUGUUGUAUAUAUUUAUGGGUGGGAGAAUGAGCGAAAGCAUUCUGGGAGUAUUUUGCUGUAAAAGUACUAAAAGUUUAUUUUGUUGUGUGUUUAUUUAGAUUAAUGCUAUAUGAUUCUUUUUUUUUUUUACACAAAUGAAACUUUUUAUCAACUCUUAUAAAAAGAACAUAAAAAUAUUGAUGGUUAAAAAGUCCAUUCAGUAUUAGAAUGAGGUUUCGAACUGUAUCCUGAUUCAUUUUUUUCAAUAUAAUCUUUUCUAUGAAACCUCAAUCGCAUCUAAUGUUUGGACACUUAAUCAGUAUUUCAACAAAAAAGGUAACAAUGGAGUCAGUGACUAGGUGUAAUGUGCUUGAUCCAUCAUAUUGGAAUUCAGAACGUGCUGUAAUGUGGCUUGAUUUGGUGCAGUGUGAAAACAGAAAUAUUUUGCUAAUUAUAAGGAUAUAUUUCUGAAGCAACAAUUAGGAGGAAUUUGCAUGCUUAAGAUUUUAAACUCUUAAAUUUG